AAACGCAAUUUGACCAAAUCCAUAAUGCAAAUACCUCUGCUCGAAGAAGAGAAGAAAGCCGACGUAGUCGUACACCACCACCUUCAUAUGAAGAAGUUUCGUCAAUGCUAGAUCAUCAUGAAGUUUCUGCUAGACAUAGGGGGCGUUCAACGUCAGGUGCAUUGGCAAUUUGUUAUUGA